AUGGCGUCUAAAAGAGCCCUGAACACUCCGGAAAAAGUAUCAUCCCACCCGAAGAUAUUGGUUCUACAGACACCUGAGGAACUGGAAUCCCAGGCCGCCGGGCUCGGCUGUAAUUCCCCUCCCGCUUGGUUCGUCAACUACCUGGAGCAGUUCCACAGAAUGGAGGAACGUAUUGACUCUCUUGUCAUAAACAAAUUGGAGGAGUUGUCUCUGAAAACGAAGGAAAAUGAGGAGAAACUUGAGGCAUGCUGUAUUCAGGUAGAUACAGUUGUAGCUGAAAUUAAGAAACUUAAGAAGGAAAAUGAUGAUCUCCUUCUCAAGCUAGGUGACUUAGAAAAUAGGGGCAGGAGAAAUAACCUGAUUUUUCAUGGUGUCACCGAGAAAGCAAAGGAAAAUUACCUGGAGGUAGUUCGAGAUUUCAUCUCUAAUUUUGUUGGAAUACAGUCUACCAGCUACAACAUCGAGAGGUGCCACCGCACCCCAACCACCAAGGGGUCGAGGCAAGGAUCAGAGUCGGAGAGGGUCAAACCUAGGAUCAUUCACAUUGCGUUUUCCUCAUUUGUCGCCAAGGAGGAGGUACGUAGAGCCUGCAUUGCCAAAUUGAAGAAGGAGAGCCGCGCCCCUCUAUGUGCUAUACUUCCUUUCGGAGACACCCUCGAAGCGAGAAAUGAAUUGAAGCGGCUCGGGAUCACUGAUAUGUACGAAGUACCUGGCUCUGGUUCCAAUCGCUCAUAUGAGGAACAGUUGCAGUUGCUUGACCUUCUACGUGGAUGCCUUUAUAAAGGCGACAGAACGUUAGCAGCUAAUGAUCUGAAGAAGAUGUGCACGAAUCCACGAUGUUCGUUGUUCUAUGAGAAAACCAAGAAAGAGGUGAAAGAGGCGAAAGAAGCAAAUCAGAAGAUGUUCACAGAGGUCCAAGAGCAAAAUCAGGAAUUAAAGAAAGGGAGAGAGGAAGACAGAAAAAGAUCUGAGAAAGAGAAGCGCUCCUUGGCAGCAGAAAUGACGAAGAAACUCGAGUCUAAGCAACAGCAUGUAGACACUUUGACAGAAAUCGUAGGGGAGAAAGAGCGUAAUGAGACGACUCUAACACAACAAGUUGAGGAGCUAAAGAGAGGAAGAGAGGAAGACAGAGUAAAAGCUGAAAAAGACAGAGGAAGAUCUGAGGAAGCAAAGCGCUCAUUGGCAGAAGAAAUGAGGAAGAAACUCGAUUCUAAGCAACAGCAUGUAAACACUUUGACAGAAACCGUAGGGAACAAAGAGCGAAAUGAGACGACGCUGACACAACAAGUUAAAGAGUUAGAGAAAGGAAGAAAGCAAGACAGAGCAAGAUCUGAGAAAGAGAAGCGCUCAAUGGCAGCAGAUAUGACGAAGAAACUCUUCUCUCAGCAACAACGCGUAGACACUUUGAUUGAAACCGUAAGGGAGAAAGAACGAAAUGAGACGACUCUAAGACAGCAAGUUGAAGAGCUAAAGAAGGAGCAUGACUAUAAGGAACAGCUUUUGGAGCAACUUGAGCGUGAGACCUGGAAGCUGAGAACCAAAAUUCAACUAGAAAGUGAGAUACGAUCAGCAGAGCAGAAGAAGAAAGCAGAGACACAUCAAUGGAGUUUCAUUCCUUGGGUGACCUCUGGGAAACAAGCUCAGGGUGGCACAUCAUCAUUUGAGGAUAAUUCAAGCGGAGGACUGGGAAGAAGUGAAACAUUACAAGCAGGAGAGGAGCCCCCAGAGGAUGAGUUUGCAGGCAUAUUACAGCAGAUAGCUGACGAUCUUUACGAUGAAGCCAAGAUCGACAGCCUUGCUGGUCAGCUGGGAAUCCUACAUGGUGAUAUACAGAGAGCGCUCAUGACCAAUGUGAAGUUCAACCGUGUUACCAGUGAUGGAACUCGUCACAUGCUGAAACAAUGGAGAGAAGGUGUGUCCAGGGAAGAUGAACGGGUUGAGCUAACGAAGGCGCUAAAAGCCGCCAAGUUAGUCAACCUUGCAGACCUGUAUCUCAGCACAGGUGUAGCAGAGGAACAGAUCGAUGAUGAAUAUGAUAACGAAGACGUCAAUGAUCAGCAGCUCUCUAAUAGAGAUGAGACCUCUCUAGAACAGGACCGGACCAAAGGACACACUGACAUCCAGGUACUUCAGGAAGCUACUUCAAGCAGUAUCCAUCCUCCACGAGAUGGGCAUUCAGGAGACAUGGCUUCCAAAACCCAGGAGGAGUUGACAGAUGGAAGUAGGAGUCAACAUAUUGACCAAUUACAGGAGCGCAGUACAGAGGACUUCGAUAUAUUUGAAGUGGAUUCUGAAGAUAAACGAUGUCCCUGUCAUGAAGAGGAAGAAGAAAGAAAAGAAGAGGAAGAAGAAAAGAAAAGGGGGAAG